GGCUGUUCUGGGAGGAGUCCCACAUACCUGGCAACACCGACGGGCGCUUUGUUAACACUUCAUUGAGCCAAGAUGGCAGAUUUCGAUGAGCUCAGCAAUGAAGAGAAGGUCCGUAUUUCGGCUAACUUUGUGAUGCACGCUCCUCCUGGAGAGUUCAACGAAGUUUUCAAUGAUGUGCGAAUACUGCUCAACAAUGAUAACCUUCUCAGAGAGGGCGCGGCUCACGCCUUUGCCCAGUACAACAUGGAUCAGUUCACCCUUGCUAAAAUUGAAGGAUAUGAAGAUCAGGUCCUGAUAACGGAGCAUGGAGACCUGGGUAAUGGCCGCUUCUUUGACCCUCACAACAAGAUUUCCUUCAAGUUUGACCACCUGAGAAAGGAAGCCAGCGAGCCCCAGCCGCAUGAGGGCGAGUCGGGCCUCAGGUCCUGGAGAGACGCCUGCGAUUCUGCUCUCAGGGCCUACGUCAAGGAGCACUACCUCAGUGGAGUUUGCACCGUUUAUGGGAAAACAAUCGAUGGCCAGCAGACCAUUAUCGCUUGUAUCGAGGGCCAUCAAUUUGAGCCUAAAAACUUCUGGAACGGCCGCUGCCGGUCUGAAUGGAGGUUCAGUGUCUCGCAAUCUACAGCUCAGGUGGUUGGAGUCUUGAAAAUACAGGUACAUUAUUAUGAGGACGGAAAUGUACAGCUGGUCAGCCAUAAAGAUGUACAGGAAGCACUGACCGUGUCUAAUGAGAGCCAGACUGCAAAGGAGCUUGUGAAAAUUAUUGAGGAUGCAGAGAAUGAAUACCAGGUGGCCAUUAGUGAGAACUAUCAGACCAUGUCGGACACCACCUUCAAAGCCUUACGCAGACAGCUCCCAGUCACCCGCACCAAGAUCGACUGGAACAAGAUUCUCAGCUACAAGAUUGGCAAGGAAAUGCAGAAUGCUUAGAGGACAGACGCUGUUUGGGUGGCGACAAACGAACGAGAAGAAGCUGAUGCUCGUGCAAAGAUGUGUGACGCACCGUAACGUACUGUAUGUCCUGCUAAAAGAGACAUUUGUUUGGGGUCUUUACAGAACAAAUAAAGCCUUCAGUGACACUGUGAAAGCUUGGGUCAUUCCUUGCUGUCCAAAUUCUUAGUCUCAUGGUAAACAAACAUAGUUUCUGAUCCCUCAGUGCUUCAUAAUGGACUCGCAUCCUCCCACAACUCCUUGACUAUCCUGUAGCAACUAAUUAACCCUCUCUAUAUAACAAAACUGAUAUUCUUUAAGAGCUUCCAAUACCCCCUAUAGUUUUUUAUUAACAGAAGGCAAAUACUGUAUGCAAUUUGAUUUAUUAGCAGAGACACUUAACAUCACCAAAUGAUUUGGUUUAGUCUAAUGUGUUUAUAUGUAUGCAUCUCUCUGGACGCAGGGUUGUAGCCAAAGCAUCAACUUUCUUUGCCCAUUUCCCUACUAUAUUCCCUCUUGAAGUUCUUUCUCUCGUCAUAGAUUUUGAAAGCCAUUUUUGGUUGUAACCCCUCUAUACUCCCCUGGAAUGAUAAAAGUAUUGGUGUCCUCCAGCCAGCGGUUUGCCUUUAGCUUUUGCUAUAUUUUUUAUACAAUCAUUGUACAUUUAUUAUUCAUGAAAUAAAAGUAUGAUCUUCAAGCAAUGUUGAUCAUUUGUGUGUUA